CUUGUUGGCCAGUAAUUGUCACACCAUAUAACCUACCUCCUGAGCUAUGCAUGAUGAUGCCUUAUAUGUACUUGACCUUGAUCAUUACAGGUCCAGACAAUCCAAAAGGUAAAAUUGAUGUGUAUUUGCAACCGUUGAUAGACGAAUUGCAACAAUUGUGGAGUGAUGGUGUAGUAACAUAUGAUUCAUCAAAAAAGCAAAAUUUUCGAUUGAGAGCUGCACUAUUGUGGACAAUAAAUGAUUUUCCUGCCUAUGGGAUGUUGUCAGGAUGGAGUACUGCAGGGAUAUUUGCUAGUCCAGUAUGCAAGGGAAGUUUAAAAGCUUUCUCAUUAAAAUAAGGAAGAAAGAGAUCUUGGUUUGAUUGCCACCGUCGAUUUUUACCUCAUGAUCACGCUUUUAGAAGAAAUAAGGUUGCGUUUUACAAAAAUAGAAUUGAGACAAGGGUGCCUCCUCCAAGGUUAAGUGGCGAACAAGUGUGGAAAAAGGUUUGUGGUCUUCCUAAGGUAACUAACACGCGAAAUUGCAUUGUCGCUGGCCGUGGAAUUUCACACAAUUGGACCAAAAGAAGCAUAUUUUGGGAUUUGCCUUAUUGGAGACACAACUUAUUGAGGCACAAUCUUGAUGUUAUGCAUAUAGAGAAGAAUGUAUUUGAAAAUGUUUUUCAUACUGUUAUGGACAACAAAGAGAAAACUAAGGACAACGAAAAUGCAAGGUUGGACUUGGAAAAAUAUUGUCAUAGAAAAGAGUUGUUGUUGAAAAAAAAGCCUAAUGGGAACUAUAUGAAACCCAAAGCCAAAUAUUGUUUGACGAAUGAACAAAAAAUUGAUGUGUGCGAAUGGGUGAAAGGAUUGAAGAUGCCUGACGGUUAUGCUUCCAAUUUGAGUAGAUGUGUAGAUUCAAAGCAAAAAAAGCUCUUUGGUAUGAAAAGCCAUGAUUGCCAUAUUUUUAUGGAAUGUUUACUUCCCAUAGCUUUUAGUGCUCUCCCCGAGCCAAUAUGGAAGACCUUAACUGAGCUUAGUCAAUUUUUUAGAGACUUGUGUUCAACCGUGUUAAGAGAAGAUCACUUAUUACAAAUGGAAAAAAACAUUCCAUUGAUAUUAUGUAAGAUGGAGCGUAUAUUUCCACCUGCAUUGUUUGACUCUAUGGAGCACUUGCCAAUUCAUUUAGCUGAUGAAGCUAAGAUUGGAGGACCGGUUCAAUAUCGUUGGAUGUAUCCGUUUGAAAGAUUUUUAAACAAAAUUAAAAAAACAGUCAAAAACAAAAGAAAUGUGGAAGGGUGUAUUUGUGAAGCAUAUUUGGUGCAAGAGACAUCCUAUUUCAGUUCCCAUUAUUUUCUAUCUCAUGAGGAAAACAAGGGGAUUCAUCAAGACCAUAUUCAACCAACUUUGUCUAUCUUUGAACAUUUAAAUUGCCAAACAGCAGGAAAAUACUGUGAAAGAUGGCUCGAGGAUAGAGAAAUGGCAGCUGCCCAACUACACGUUCUCUUAAAUUGCAAAGAGGUUAAGCCCAUUAUUGAUAUGUAUGUCCAAAGUUUGAAAAGCAUGUACGGGGAUCUCAAUGACGAUAUUAUUGAUAAACAACUAGAAGCUGACUUUCCGCGGUGGUUUCAAGAAUACGUAACGAUGAAUCACAAACUUAGGAGAGAAAAUUCUGACUUGUAUGAUUUGGCAAGGGGGCCUUUGAGACUAGCGAAAUCUUGGCCUAUUUAUUUUUCAAAUGGAUACAAAUUCCACACAACUAAUUGGGGUGAAGGAAAAACAACAUAUAACAGCGGGGUGUGUGUUAGUGGAAUAGGACAAGACGAAGCCUCAAAUGACUAUUAUGGCGUUAUUACAGAGAUUCUAGAAUUUGAAUGGCCAAGUCAGAUAACAAAAAAGUUGGUUUUACUUUACUGUGAUUGGAUUGACCCUUCAAGACAUGGGAUGCGAAUACAUCGUCAAUAUAAGAUUGUAGAAGUUCAUAAGGGGAGAAAAUAUAGUAAAUUUGAUCCUUUUAUUUUCCCAAAAGCUGCAACUCAAGUUUAUUAUUCACCUUAUCCGAGGCACCAAAGAGAUAAGGUUGAUUGGUUGGUAGCUAUAAAGAUAAAGCCAAGAGGGGUUGUUGAUGAUAGACAUACAUUAGAGGUUGCUUUUCAAGUGCAAGAGUCACAAUUUAAUGCAACAAUUGAAGAUGACCCAAUUGAUCACCUACAAGAUGAUGAAGUUGAUGGUGAAGAGCCGGAACUUACUGCAGUAUCCAGUGGAGAAUCUGUUCCAUCCAGAAUACCUUCAUCAGCUAGCACUACAACUGGAUCAGUUGGCUUGAAUUUUUCAAUUGGAGGCCCUGUUUUGCAUUCCUUUGAAUUGUCUCAAACUAUGCCGCCAAAAAAGUCCAAGAAGAAGAAUAUAUCAACUCAACAUGAAGUCACACAACCUCAAUUCACUCAACCCCAACCCAAUCAAUCCCAACCUAUUUCAUAUCUUAUUCAACCCCAACCCACUCCACUUCAACCUAUUCCAUAUCUUAUUCAACCUCAAUCUCACACUCAACCUUCUCACACUCAACCUAUUCCAUAUCUUAUUCAACCUUAA